GUAACAGGAGAUCUUCCCACACCAAGAACAACGCCUGGUGCCGCCUUGCGACGGUGGCGAACGCCGUUGGGAGUCGCUUAACGUUAACGCAUCAUGUACUCGUAGCCCUCAGUUUGCUCUAUCCGCUACUACAGACGCUGAACCAUGUCUUCGUCCGCGUCCGAACUCUCAGGGACCACUCACGCUUCAGCCCAGCAAUCUGCCGACUUCGUCUUUCCACCCCACUACUCGUUCCCGCCUUUCUUCACCCUUCAGCCCAACCCUCUGACGCGGUCUUCCCAGCUUGCGUCUUGGGAAACACUCAUCCUCACCUACUGUCGUCAUCACCGCAUCUUCCAGCUCUCUAUCGUCGAGUCUUUCAACACGCCGCUGUUCACGAAUGCCAGCAUAAACCGCAAGCUCGCCAUUCCCGACAUCCGGGCUGUGCUAGAGUACAUGGCCAGCUCCGAAGGCGGAAACAGGGCAGAAUGGACCGACAAGACCAAGAGCAGGGCGUGGGUGUGGUGGCGUAAGCCUGAGGAGUGGGCAGACGUGAUCUAUCAGUGGAUUGAGGGCACAGGCCAGAAAGGCAGCGUGCUCACUGUGUACGAGCUCAGCCAGGGCGACUCUACCAGAGGCUCAGACCUGCAUGAUUUGGAUCCCGAAGUCAUGAACAAGAGUCUGGCGGUACUGGUCAAGAGAGGAAAGGCACAGAUUUUUGGGGAGGGCGAGGCGAAGGGUGUCAAGUUCUUUUGAUGAGAACGAAAGCAUUUAUCGCAGCUGGACCGGGUUUUCUGCGGGUUCGAUGUAAAAGCAAGAUGUCCCACUUGGAUGCACGGAAUACCUUUGUUGAAUCUCUUGAAGCAAAAGAGCAAAAAAGGCGAGAGCCUCCAGUGUCUCUGGACUGGCUAAGAAGCAAUAUCCUCUUCGCUGCCAUCGAUCUCGAUCACUCCGCUCUUUGCAAGGCGUGUUCUGCUGACUCGAAAUCCACUGUGCCUUGAAAUCAUGCUUAAAUUGUCAGUACCAGUUAUGUCCAUGAUUGGGGAUUCUUUACGCCGUGUUGUUCUGGCUGUCCAACUUUGGUAAUUUAUGUAAAAUGGACCAGCAGGUGAAAUGAGACGUUUACGAGGAGACUUGGAGCUGAGAUAACCUCAAACGCUUCUCCACAUCUGCUUUGAAUCAAUGUUACUGAUAAAUGACUUUGGGGCUACAAUUCGAAGCAAUCUUUUUGACGACGGACGCUGGCCAAACUGUCAUUGACUACCUAUAUCUUUGCUUGAUUCAACGCAUUUUCGCAGUUGCCGAUCCAGUCAUAAUUGUCCUUAAGAUAUUUCUGAGCGCGCAAAUCUCCUGAUCGAGCAUGGCCUUCGAA